UAAGUUCGGACGAUCGAUCGAUUUGCUGCGCGCUGUUCGCGUUCGAGAUCCGUGUGUUUGAAUGUGAUUUUAUUCUUCAAAAUCUCAAUCUACAGUUGUGAAACUCGUUGGUACUGAGCACGUGUUGUGAGUUUUGUGACAAUUUCAAAGGAAUCGAUAGCGUAGGCCCAGUUGAUGGGCAUGCUUUGUGAAAUAUUUCAAGAUAUCAGUUUUAUUCACGAACGAGAUGAGAAUAGUUUCCGCCACGCUGAUUUACUUCGUUGUUCAGUGAGAAUUUUCAAAAUUUCGGCCACCCUAUAGCCAAAAAGCCAUAAAUUUCCUGGGAUUAUAAAAAUUUUCAAUUCAAUCAUGCGUAUAAAUCAUCUUAUUCUAGCACUUUUAAUCGCAUACUUUGCAAUAAUUAGCGCGGACGGUAGUAACGCCGCAGAUAACGAUGAACUCUGGAAGCUGCUAUUAAGUGGAAAGCUUGACCAGAUCAAAACAAAGACUGCGAUAGAGGUCAACCCUCGGGGCACGAUAGAAACGGCACUUCAUUCAAGGAUUGCCAUUAGCGGUAAUAACAAUUAUGAGUCAAAUGAUAAGACAACUGUGGCGGAAGAUGACGAACAGCUGUUUGCUUCGGUGGAUUCGGCGGAGCCUCUGAGCGUAGAAAUGAUUGACGGCUUAGACGAUGACGAUAAAGGCGCAACGGAGGUAUCGUUGUUUGGUGAGGGCCAAAGUUCUCGGGAGCUUGUUUCGUUUGCCGACACUGGAAGCGGCGAAUACUAUGCUGAUAACGAUGGAAUGCAGGCGGAUGGAACAACUCUGGAUGACGACAUUAUUGAAGUUUUGCGAAGAAAAUCAGUGUCACGUGAGAUAUUGCAAUUGUUUGGACUGUUGAAGGAAAAGAACGAAACGGAUGAGUUAAAGUUGAAACUGCAGGAUGUGUUGAGACCUGUUUCCGACAGGCUGGUUGAUGGAUUGCCGAGAAUUUUGGAACAGAACGAGAAGUCUACCGUUUCGUAUGAUGAAGUUAUACCAACUGAUAUGAUCGAGGCGGAAUCUUUGGUUUCUGACGGAUCGCAAACUCCAAAGAUUACAAAUAUUUUAAUACCAAAAUUAAGCGAAAAACUUUCUAGUAUUCGCAAAAGCUACGAAGCUCCUGCUGAAGGGCAGCGCAGUCUGGUGAUUGUUUUUGAUGCAACCGGAUCAAUGUUAGACGAUUUGAAACAGCUACGCGAUGGUGCGAAGCUUAUUAUUGAUGAAAUUACUCACUUGAAAAGUAAUCCGAUUUACAACUACGUAUUCGUACCAUUUCGAGAUCCCCAAGUUGGUCCACGAUUAGUUACGCGAAAUAAAGAUGAGUUACUACAAGCACUUGAAAACCUGCAGAUAUACGGAGGAGGUGACUGUCCAGAGGCAGCAUUAGCCGCUAUUUCCGAAGCAGCUGCAGCCGCUCUCCCGAAUUCGUUUGUAUACGUUUUCACUGAUGCCACCGCGAAGGAUUUCAAACUGAAUGAUAAAGUUCUACGAUUGGUUCAACAGAAACAAUUAUCGAUAUCUUUUCUUCUCACUGGGUUCUGUGACGGGAAGAGCACCCCAGGCCAUACAGUUAUGAGUGAUAUCGCAGCGGCUAGUAAUGGCGAAAUUUUCGACCUUAAAAAAGAUCAGAUCGAGCAAGUACUACGUAGUAUCAAAGGUACGCUGAAUGUAGAUCACGUUCCGUUAAAAUCGGUCGAUUCAGGAAUAGCUGAAACACACGAUAUCGAUCUGAACGUGGACAACACACUGAAAGAGUUUAGUGUUAGUGUGGCCGGCUAUCGACCUAAUAUCGAAAUCAUAGACCCGCAGGAUGUUCUCUACAAUAGCUCCAGAGCUGUACUAGACUUGGAGAACAUCAAAGUAGUGAACGUAGUUGAACCUUUACCUGGAAAGUGGAAUAUAAAGGCAGGUUCCAGCUCACCCCAUUCCGUCCGGUUAUCUGGAAAUAGUGAUGUAAAGUUUAGGUUUGGGUUUUCUCAAACCAAGCCAACAUCAAUCGCUACACUGUCCCAUCAACCAGUUCUCAAUGCGGACAACAUCCUAACGGUUCAACCAUCCCAACCCAACCUUAUUCAGAACCUAACCAACGUUACAAUUGACUCCCAUGGCCAUAAUGGACCGGACGAUACGUCGUUCAAAUUUACUUUACCUCUGGAAAAAACCCUUCUAGAAGACUCCUCGCCCGUAUUUCUCACACCUGCAUUCAAAGCUCCCAGGCAAAAGUUUAAAAUUUCUGUUAGUGGUCAAGACGCAAAUGGGAAUCCUCUAGCGCGUCUGAUUUCCACUGCCAUCCAAGCGGCUGGAUUAAGUGCACCGGAGCUAUCGCUAGAUCUAACCGACGCUGAGUUACUCGAAGGUGACAGUAUCGAAAUUAACUGCCAUGUAGAAUCGCGGUCGCCAGCCGUUGUACAGUGGAAGCGAAUCAACCGGGUACUGGCGGAAACCAAGAUUGAAUCUACAGGGUCGCUCAAGCUUCAACUGUCAAAUGUAACGACAAGACAGUCAGGUCGCUACACUUGUUACGCUAAGAACAACAUAGGUGAACAGCAGAUACUUGCCAUGGUCAAAGUGAAGCCUCGUCCGGAACCGGUUGUUGGAGUCUAUCCAAAAGAUAUUGUGGCAUACGAACACGAGGCGCUCAUUGCACUACGUUGCAUUACGAAGAAUGUUGACUCUGGUGCUAAGAAAGUUUGGAGUCAUAAUGGAAAUAAUAUAGUUUCUUCUAUUGGUAAGGAAUACUUGGAGUUAUAUAAUUUAACUGACAAACAUGCCGGCACGUAUGAAUGUCGAGUGGAGUUAGAAGGAAGGAUCAUUUGGGAUUCGACGAAUGUUACCAUAGAAUAUGCCCCAAAAUUGUCGAGGCAGCUCUCUGACAUGGCAACGUCUGCCUACGGUCAACCUUUGGCUUUGGAGUGUGGUUUAGAAGGAUAUCCCCCGCCUACGACUAUAUGGAGCUAUCGAAUGCUGGAUGACCAAGAAGACGUUUCACUUAAGGAAACAGGAAACAAGCUUAUAAUUCCCAAAGUAACACCCGAGGUCGAGGGUUGGUAUGUUUGCGAAGGCAGAAAUCGUCACGGGUCGGCGAGAAGGUCAAUCAUGGUGCUGGGUGAAGCUAAUGAGCCGCCUAAAAUUCCGAAGCCAGACGAUACUACCAUCUACGUACAACCAGGUGACACGGUGACUUUUAACUGCUCGUGUGAUCUUUGUCAACCAUUGAGCGAAUAUAUAUGGACUAGCGAUCAGUUCAUUUUUGAAAGUAGCCCGUACGAUUUACGAGAUAAUGCUCAAGUAAAUCUAAACGUCGAUCAGACUCGUAACGCCGUUCAAUACCAGUUAACGAUUAAGAAUUUCAGUUUGGCAAAUCAAGGUAGCUAUAGCUGCAUUCUAUCUAACGCGCAUGGAGCUGAUAGCAUCGUUUUGGAAGUUCGGUUGAUGCAACCCUCUUCAAUUGAAGCUGUUCUGGUUGACGAUAUUCCUCGGAUCGGGGAAAACAUCACGUUGGAAGAAUCUGUACGUCAACUCACGUGUGACGCUAUAGGGCUUCCCGAGCCCCAAAUUCAGUGGCUCUUCAACGGAAGAGUCGUUGAUCAAGAUCAUCGUUUUACGCUGACGAACGAUAACAAAACAAUUCAGUUCAAUGGGAUGUUUGGACCAGUUUAUGUCGGAACAUAUCAAUGUAUAGCAACGAAUCCUAUGGGAAAUACUUCAAGUGAACAUUCGUUGCAAUAUGGCAGUUAUCCACGUUUCACAAUUCCUCCCCCAUUUUCCGCCAACGUUCAGGUUGGAGAAUCUUUAUCACUAGAUUGUCAGGCUUCUGGAAUUCCUGAACCGGAAGUUUCGUGGUACUUCAAUAACCAACCGCUAUCAAAAAAUCUGCCCUUUGAAGCCACACUGGAAUAUUCUGGAAUUUUUGAGUGUCACGCGAAGAACACUUUUGGUCAUCUGUCAGCAAACACUACGGUUUUAGUGUAUGGCAAACCACAGUUCGUUCUGGGACCUCCGGAGGAUACAGUCAUAUCAGUCUCGGAUGGCAAAAAUAUAAGCUUGGAGUGUGGUGCCAAUGGAUUUCCGAAACCAAAUAUUAGCUGGACUUACAACGAUCUACCGAUUAAUGAGUCAUCGAGUUUUAAAAUCAUCGAAACUGGAAUUUUUAUUGAAAAUGCAGCAAGAAAUACACAGGGAAUUUACGUGUGCAAUGCCGAAAACUCUUUGGGAAACAUUCAAAAAGUGUUUUAUCUGACUGUAAAAGAACCUCCUAGAGUAUCUAUUAAUCUUCCGGAGCGCAUUUUGCUACUUCCCAACGAGGAAAUCCAGUUGAAUUGUAUCGGUGACGGAAACCCUCCACCACGCGCUUCUUGGAGUAAGAACAACAUUCCAAUGACAACAAAUACAACCUUGACAGUUACCUUUGAUCCGAAUGUCAAUGGCAAUUAUACUUGUACUCUGGAAAACGAAGAGGGCGUUGACACGCGCUCAACUGAAAUAACAGCUCUUGCUCCACCGAGUAGAACCUCGAAUACAUCGACAGCUCAACCCACUUUCCAAGCUAAACUAAAUGCCUCUCUUGAACUUGUUUGUCCAUUCGAUAACUAUGAUAAUCUCAUAUGGCAGCUAAAUGAACGUAAUUUAGAGAACUAUUUUGAUAUGACGGAUAUACGAUUAGUAGAAAACAUUCUCCUAAUCGAACGACUCCGUCGAGUACACGAAGGAACUUACACUUGUUUUGUCGCCAAUCCUGCCGGUCGAAAUAAUCAUUCAUUCGUAGUAGGAAUUCUUUCACCUCCCCGGAUCGAACAAAUCCAUCUGGUUGACGACAGCGAUGAAGUUGAUCUGAUCGACUCGUCAACUGCGGAAACUGUAGCGGAAGUAAAUCUACAAAGUGGCGAGGAGCUGCAUCUAGUUUGUCACGCAAGUGGCACUCCAAAACCGGCCGUACACUGGAGAAAAGAUGACUCGGUUCUUACACAAAGCAGUGAGCUGAUUGUGGAAGAGGUGGAUACGCAUCACAACGGAUUGUACACAUGUGUAGCCGAGAAUGAACUGGGAAAUGCACGAAAAGUUUACAGAUUGGAUGUCAUGAUGUCACCAAGGCACUGGGGUGACGCAAUGAAUCACAUCGAGGUGUUUAAGGAUGACGACCUUCAGCUGGAAUGUACGAUGCGUGCUAAUCCCGCGGCCAACAUUCAAUGGAUGAAAGACAAUACUAUUCUUGAUGAGUUUAACGAGUUUUUGGAGUUCGUUGCUAUUCAACCUCAGGAUUCUGGACUGUACACAUGUGAGGCAGAAAAUAUCUUUGGAACAGAUGAAAAAAAGUUUCAGGUUACUGUGUAUCAACCAGCCGAGAUUACAUCCUUCCCGGAGAAUCACACGGUGAUUGCCGGAUCUUCCUUAAGCAUGGAUUGUAAAGCAGUUGGAAACCCUUUGCCAGUUGUAAGCAUUAUUCAUCGAGGAGAAGUUAUGGCAUCAACUUCUGAUCUGGAUCUCGAUUCUAUGGCUUUCGACAAGACCUAUCGAGUGAAAGGAAAAGUCUACACUCUACAAUCGCAACAGUUCACUGCGACGAAGAUAUCACCAUUCGAGAUAGAGUUGAGGCUACAUGAGCCGAGUGCUACAGUAAACUCUGGCGGCAAAUAUUUAUGCCUGGCUCAAAAUGCCGUCGGUCAUGACGAUCGUCAAUCCAAGGUUGCAGUAUUGGUCGCACCAUUCAUCCAGUUGAACAAACUGAAAACCGGGCCAAACUUUUCGAUCCUAGAGGGACUUCCAUUAUAUUUGCACUGUCCGAUCGCGGGACAUCCCAAGCCUACUCUUAGCUGGUCUCGCAAUUCCAAACCGAUCAAGUUCAACGGUCAGACACUGUUUCUUUCGUCGACCAAUCGCAAAGAUCAAGGAAACUACACGUGUCUAGGUGAAAACUCUGUAGGCAAACAGGAACUAUCGUUCUCCGUAAGUAUUCUCAUCCCUCCGACGAUGAUCAACAGCGUAGUUUUCAGUGAUAACGAAGCAGCAGCUGAUGAACCGGAACAGGAGGAGAUUUCCAUUCUCAAGGGUGAUAAUGUGACGUUGGAUUGUGCUAGUCUAGGUAAUCCUACUCCCGAAAUAUUCUGGACUAAAGUGGUUUAUUUGGACGAGAAACUCAACGAGCAACUACCUAACAGAGAACCUGUUUUGGAACUGUACAACAUCGAAUCAACAUCGACCUACUCGUGCUACGUAAACAAUACUGCUGGCUCGGCUCAGAAACUGUUCCAUGUGGUUGUUCAAACGCCACCAUGGUUCAAAAAUAUUGAAUAUGCGACGAAACCGACGGUGCUGCUACACCAUAGUCUCGAUAUGAAUUGUGAGGUUCUUGGUGUACCGGAAGCGGAAGUUUUCUGGACUAAGAAUGGUACUGUUCUGAGCGGUCAGGAAGUUGGUCUUUUCCUGGCGGCGAAUGGUCAAAUUUUGAGAAUUUCCAGCGCACAGUCGUCAAAUGGUGGCGAAUACAAAUGCGUGGGGCGUAACCUACACGGUCAAGUUAGUCGGGAGUUUGUUGUCUCCGUUGAAGUUCCCGUGAGUUGGUCACCGUGGGGCGAGUGGAGUGCGUGUAGUUCCAGUUGCGGUAAGGGAACACGGUUCCGCUCGCGUAUCUGUCUACUGCAGAGCGGUUCGCCAGCUCAGGGUAGCCAGUACAACUGCGUGGGUGAGAACGUUCAGGUGAAAAACUGUGAAAUGCUUCCGUGCCCUGUCAACGGUGGUUGGAGCACGUGGACUAAAUGGAGUAGCUGCUCUUUGGACUGUGUUACCGAGUAUUCUGGGCUAAAAUCAGUACGGUCUCGCAAUCGAACGUGUGACAGUCCUGCACCUUCGUUGGGAGGUAAAGCAUGCAUCGGAGAGGAGCACGAAGUGGAAGUUUGCAGUGUAAAGUUUUGCUCCACCAACGGUGGAUGGACGCCAUGGACUAAAUGGAGCCCAUGUAGCGAGACUUGUGGUUUCGGAAGAUCACUUCGGUGGAGAAGUUGUACCAAUCCAGCACCUCGGAAUGGUGGUUUGCCCUGUAAGGGAUCGGAAAGCGAAAUCAUGAUCUGCAAAGAGCGUGAAUGUAUUGUGGAUGGCGGCUGGUCCGAAUGGGGUCCGUGGUCCAAAUGUAGUAAAACCUGCGGUGUUGGCUUGCGACACAGAAAACGCUCGUGUACAAACCCUGAACCGAAAACUGGCGGCCGGUCAUGUGAAGGAGAAAAUAUUGAAAUUGAAAAAUGCUCUGGCAAAUCUUGCCGCAACGAUGCGCUUACCAAAAGCAUGAGUCGCGACUUAAAACGAAAAUUUUCUCCCCUUCUAACGUACGAAUCCAAGCAUCCAUCCGAGGAGGAGAAAGACGAUCCCGAAGAUUACGCCGACAGUGAUGAUGAACCUCAAAAAUUUAAAAUCAUUCGUAACUUUGAGUUCGCUGAAGCCGCUCCGGUAGAAUAUAUCGACGGCCCAGUGGAGGAUGUAGUUGACGAGGAUUACGACGGCAAUCACAAAAUCGUUGUAAGCCUCAAAAACACCGUUAACCUGUCAAAUGACACUGCCGCAUACCAUCUGAACUUCGGUGGAGUUAGUAAUUCAAUCGAGUUCAACUGCCUAGCGGGAAUGGUAUACAACGGAACGGUCGGAAGGUGUGUGGAUGUCAAUGAAUGCGAAACCGAAGAAAACACUUGCGUGGGACAGGGUCAAGUAUGCGUUAAUAACCAGGGUGGAUACGAAUGCCUUUGCAUGGCAGGCUACCGAAUGAUAUCCGAUGAGUGUGUUGAUGUGAACGAAUGCCGCGAGGAAACUCACGAUUGUUCGCAUUAUUGCGUCAAUAGUCCAGGUGGGUACAGUUGUUUUUGUCCGUCCGGGUUUACUCUUGCCGCCGAUGAUAGAACAUGUUCCAAAAGGAGAGCACGUCAGCAGCCAGCAUUCAGCAUUAUGAACUAUGAGAUGAUUUGCCCAGAAGGAUACCAGCUGGAUGGAAACAAAUGUGUUGAUUUAGACGAAUGUGCAAUGAAAGAAGACGAAUGCAGUGAAGGGCAGUCGUGUUUGAAUACAAAAGGAAGCUACGUGUGUGUUCCAGCCGCUUGUCCCGAAGAAUAUGAAAUAGAUGAACUACUUGGUCAAUGUUAUCAAGACUGUCGUUAUGACCCUCGUCAAAUAUGUCAGGAUGGUGCCCAGAUUGAACAAACACUAACCUACAGGGUGAUUUCGAUAAAUGUGUUCUCUCCCAAGCAACCACUGGCGGUAUUGGCGAUUCCAAUGUAUCAACAUAACACGAUGCAGACCACGUUUAGUUUCCUGGAACGAACCUACGCAAACAUAUUCAAAUUGGAGAAGACUUCGCACACAUCAGGAGCUGUUCACCUGUACGGAAAUAAGAAACUUCAACGUGGAAAGAUCUACGUACUGAAAAUAGUUGCUCACACAUUCGGCAACAAAUCGGGUAUGAUGGAUUAUGUCCAUAAGUUUGUAGUUUACGUGCAUUUGUUAGAAUAAUGAGUGUUGCUAGGGAAGGUUUGUAACGUGUAUUGUAAUAAGCUAUACUGAAGUUUUGACAGUGCGAGCAUAUGUAUACGAAAAGUAGUAUAAAUAAAUAAUAAAACAAAUUCUAAACAUAUUUACAUAA